GAAAUGAAAUACCAUACCCCCUAAAAGAAGAUGAGAUAGAGAGAAAGAGGAGAGAGAAAAUAAAAGAGAGCAGGAAAAGAGGACAACACACAAUAGAGCAGAAAGAGAGAGAAGAAGACUUGAGCAAACGCUGAAACCAAAAGGUGAAAGGGGAGAUCUUUCGAUUUUUUUUAAUCAUCUGGAAGAUCUGAACUAAGGUAAUCUAAUCGUCGUACAAUUCACCGGAGUUGUUUGUUUCCCGCUGGUAUUUCCGCCAUUUUUUCCGGCGAAUUGCUUGGAAUACGGAAGGUUAGAGAUAUGAGAUUCGUUUGUCUAUUCUCUGAAUAAGAUGAUGGAUAGGAAUAGAGAAGCUAGAAGAGCGGCGGCGAUGACCAAUGGGUUGCCCAGACGUAGACAUAGAACCACCACUGGCGGCGGCGGUAGUCUGAGGGAGUCUCCAGAGGAUGAUGGGCCGCUGGAAUUACAGGAGACGGCGGCGAGGUUUAGAGAUCGAACUGCGAAGAAAGAUAGAGAUCGGGAGAUUAGAGACCGAGACCGGGACCGGGAUAGAUUGAGGAGUAAACGGCGACGAGGGGAUAAGUUUAUGCACGGGAGUAAUAGGGAAGACGGCGUUGUUGGUGGUGGAGUUGAUGACAGUUCAGAAGAAAGUGUAAACGACGAAGAUGAGGAGGACGACGAUGGUCCGGUUCGAUACGUUCCACCAUCAAAUCCGGUUGCUAUGUCAACCACAUCAGGGGCGUCUACUCUUACUAGUCACCGGAAAAGUUAUCCACCGCCGUCGAAGGUUUUCCGGGUUGCUCCUACGUGGAAGGCUCCUGAUGAAAUGAUCGGAGUUUCAAUCCCACGGAAGGCUCGCUCUGCUUCCACGAAGAGAGGACAUGAUUGUUGGAGUUCAGCUGGUGGGGUAGGGGGGAGCGGUGAGCAAAUUAUCCGGCAACCUUCAUCGUCACCGGUAAGGUCAACUAUGACAGCAGCGCCAUCACCCGCAGUGGUAACACUACUCCCUUCACCGUCGCCUGUACCGCCAAUGUCACCGUCGUCCUCGAAUGUUUCUAUUAAGAAGAAAAUUAAGGCGAACGGACCGAAACAACGGCCCCCGAAAUCAUCGUCGAAAUCGUCGCCGUCGAAUCAAGAUGCGAUUGAAUUCGAGGUCGCCGAAGCUCUAUACAAGCUGAUGAGGCAAACCCAAACACCAUCAAAGCAUGAUGGUGGGAUGCAAAAUGAUUCAGCCAAGUUGGAAUCUAGAUCCAGAGUUUCAUCUCCAGUUACAAACUCACCUUCAAUUCAUCUUUCAAAUAAUAGUAACAAUAAUCACAACAAUCCUUCUACUUCAUCCUCUACUGCUCCUCCGCUAACCACCGUUGCCCCGAAGCGAAAACGGCCGCGGCCAUACCCGGAAGAGACUCCGAGUGGUUUCGGACCACGAAGCAGCCCCAUUUCAUCAGCCACGAAAUUGGAAUCAGACCAGGGACCGAAGCUGGAGGCGGCGGUCCUAAGCACGGAAAAGAACGCGGGAUUGACCAUCGAUAAUGGGGGUGAUUCAACGAAUAUGCAGGAUCAGGAUCUAAUGAUGGAGGUGCCGUCGGCUUUGGUGGUUAACAAUGGUAUACCAUCAGAUGCAAAGCAGAGUAUGGUGGAAGAAUCAUCAGCUGGUAUAAGAAACGGGAUGGUGGUAAGAGCUAAAGUGGAGGAAGCUUCGUCAUCCUCUCCUAAGUUGGAAUCUCUACAAAAUCAAAAUCAUGAUCGUGUUCAAUCCUCCACCACAACAUCCACUAAACCAACCUCAGCCUUGGAAAAUCACAGAGAAGACAAAUAUGAGAUUGAUCUCAUGGCGCCACCACCGCAAUCAAGAACCUCACCGGAAAGAGAGGAGGAGAUGGCGGAGUACGGUGGAGCAAGAGCAGAUGAGAAGUCCAUGGUCACGGAAAGGGAGGCGGAAGCAAAGGCGAGUACAAAGCCGAAAGAGGAGGAAGAUUUGAAGGGAUUUAGAAGUAGAGGAGGUGGUGGUUGUGGAAUUGAAUUGAAUUCAACCGCAGCCGAAGACGGCCGAGAUAAGGCUGAACGACCGAAACAGCCAUUGCCGUUGCAGCAGCCGCCAUCGCAACAGCUUAAUCUUAAUAGUAAAGAGAGGGAAAGGCACAUUGAUCUACAAUUUGAUUUGGAGAAAUGUGGUAAUGUGAACGAAGAGAAGUUGAAUUUUCAAAAGCAGCAGCCUCCACCGCCUAAAGGAACCAGAGAUGAUGCUAAUACAGACAAACCUGCGCCGCUGCCAAUGUCAGUACCUGGAGGAUGGCAUGGAGGGCUUCCACCCAUGGGAUACGUGGGACCAUUGCAAGGAGUUGUUUCAAUGGAUGGGACCCCAAUGGCUUCUCCACCAAUUCAGUCCCCUCAUUUUUUAUUCUCUCAACCAAAGCCAAAGAGAUGUGCUACACAUUGCUACAUAGCGAGGAGUAUAUCAGUUCAUCAGCAGAUGAUGAAGAUCAACCCGUUCUGGCCUGCUGCAGCUGCAGCUGCUGCGGCUGGAACUGGCCCUCUGUUUGGUGCUAAGCCUUAUAACUUAAAUAUGGUACCUUCUGCUGAGUUACAUGCUGCUGCUGCUGCUGCUGCGGCGGCGGCUGGGAGAGGUGUUGUUGUUAACUCUUCACAGGAUAACAAAGGACAGCCUUUUCAUUUCUUCCCUGGUCAGCCUGCUUCUUCGACCAAGGAUAAAUCUUCUCAGCCCCCUAAUGUACCGGAUUCGGCCCAGAAGAAGCAGUUUUUGCUUCAGCCCGCUUUGCCUCCUGGUGCCCCCACUAACAUGAUGCAUGCCCCUGCAUUGUUCUUCCCAAUGGGCCAACAGCAGGCGGCAGUAGCAAAUGCUCGUCCCAGUUCGACAAAAUCACCCUCGACAGGUGGGAAUUCAGCUCCUACUAGCGCAGCUAUUUCAGCUCCUAUGGUUGCUAUCCCGCCUAAUUCAAAUGCUGGGCCUGCAAUGAGCUUUAGUUACCCGAACAUGGGUGGGAACGAGACUCAGUUUAUGGCAAUUCUUGGGAAUGGUCCAUAUCCUUUCCCUAUACCUGCACAUGUUGGAGCAGCACCUCCUUAUCGGGGAACCCAUCCUCAAGCAAUGUCUUUCUUCAACGGCUCUUUCUACUCUUCACAAAUGCUCCAUCCUUCACAGUUGCAGCAGCAACAGCAACAGCAACAGCAAGCUGCACAGCCAUCUCAGUCCAUGCAAAUCCAACAACAGCAAAAUCAGCAAAAUGCUAGCCUAUCCACUGCUUCCUCAUCCUCCCAGAAGCAUUUGCAGAAUCAAGUCAAUCAACAGCAGCGGCCCCAGGGGAGCAGUGCACCUGCUGCUGGGAACCCAAACCAAGGCUUGCAGAAUUUUCAAGCAACAAAAGGUCGGACCUCUCAGCCUCAUCACGAUUUGGGUGGUGAGGAUAGCCCAUCGACUGCCGAUAGUCGUAACAGGCCAAACAUGAGUGUCUAUGGCCAGAACUUUGCAAUGCCCUUCCAUUCACCCAGCUUUGCAAUGAUGACCCCACCUUCUUCGAUGGGUAGCAAUGCAGCAGGUACUCAUAAUGGUAAUAUUGGGGAUAAGAAGCAGCAACAACAACCCCAACAGACUCCUGCUUUUCCCAUGUCUUUCACUAAUAUGAAUGGUGUUGCCAAUCCUGGACUGGAUAUUUCAUCAAUAGCGCACAACCAUGCUCUUAUCCAGAGCCUUCCAGAGGCUGCCAGACAGAAUUAUCAAAUGAUGGCUGCUGCAGCUGCUGCCCAAGCAGCUCAGCAGAAGAAGAAUAAUUUCCAUGGUCCUGAGGAUGGGAAAUCGGGAGGGAAUGCAGUCACUGGCCCUUCCAGUGUUGAUGAAGAAAGGAAAGCCAUGGUUGCAAGAGCUUCUGCAGCCUCAGCUGGACAGUCCAUUGCUUAUUCGAGGGAAUUUAACGAGAAUUCAAUGUCAUCAAUGCCCGGGAACAAUGUUGUCGAUACCUCCGCCCGAAGCAUGAAUAUGAUUCACGGGUCAUCUACUCGUCCAUCUCGUUCUCCGGGGCCCAAUUCUGUGAGCAAUUCUAAUUCUCCCAAUCCUCCACAACAGCAACAGCAACAGCAAAUGCUCUUUCCUAAACAGCAGCAAUAUGUAGUUCCCAGUGCUGGCAGUGGCCGUAGCAAGACUCCCACGAGUAAUGGAAAUGUCUAUCCUGAUCAUCUCAAUUCAUCAUCUGUCAUGGCUGCUAAGUUUCCCAACUCUUUAUCUGGUUUUCCAACUCUUGUUCAGACUAGUGGUGCCCCUGUUCAGUCUUCGCAGUGGAAGAACUCUAUUAGGCCAAACACAUCCCAAAUGUCUUCUCCAUCUGUACCUUCUUCAACUGCUUCAAACACCAAAAACCUUUCUCAGCAGCAGCAGCAGCAAGUAAGGUCCCAACAAAACCACACCCAAAUUUCUUUUGGAGCCACUCCUGCUAACAACUCAAAGACAUCCUCAACAUUGCAAGGGCAGCAAAACCAGCAUAAUAACCAAGCUCCUUCCUCACCGAUGAUGGUUGGAUCCCCUUCGAACUCUUCGGUGUCUAAGGGUGCUAGUGGAAGCCCAAGGACAGCUGCAAAUGCAUCCACAGGGAACAAAGCGGGUGCUCAAGGGGUGUCAUCUCAGCAGGGAAAGAACUCACAAUCUCCAUCUUUAACCAGCCAAAAGCCAUCAAUCCUUGGUAGUCCCCAUAUCAUGUCUACUUCAGCCAAAAAGCCCCAGAUGCAACAUUCUCAGCAGCAACCACAAUUGUCAAAGCAAAAUAUACAGCAAGCUCAAUUAUUCUUUUCCAAUGCGUACAUGCAGGCUUCUGCUAAUACUUCUGCUGCUAUGGCUGGUAGUGGGUAUUAUAUUCAAAGACACAGGCCUGAUGGUCAUCAACAACAACAACAACAUCAGCAACAACAACAACAACAACAACAACAACAACAACAACAACAGCAACAACAUAACCACCACCACCAGCAACAGGGUUCAAAAUCUCAAGGGUCAGGACCCCCUACUUCAUCGAGUGGAAUGUUGUCAUUAUGCACUCCGGUUUCUCUAGCAAAUUCAAGUACAUCUGAUCCAGCAAAAGCAGCUGCUGCAGCUGCAUUUGCUAGCAAUAUGAAGGGUAAUUUGCAGUCCCAGGGGAUGUUUCAUGCAGCUCAGUUUGCUCAGUCUGCUGGGGGCGCACAUCAGUUGAUGCCUGCAGGUUUUCCGUAUGUUCAUGCUGUUUCCACAGCUGUCCAGGUGAAACCAGCUGAGCAGAAGCAACCUGCUGGUGAGUAAAUUCAUGAGCUUUUUUGAACUUAAAUUUUCCAUGUUCCCCCAAAAUUUUCUUUUUUGUAAAAAGAAAGAGACUAUACGAGAAAAUAAGAAGUCGAGAGCUUCAACAAAGAAGGGGGAACGGUGAAUUUUUGAAGAACUUUGGAGUUGUCCAGCAUAGUGAAUCACAGUUUGAUUGCAUGCUGGCAGCCUGAGGAGAAACAACAGGAAGAUUAUUAAAGUGAUGUUGAUGAUGACGAUGUUGAUUGAUCUUUGAAGCGGGACUUGAACUGAAAUGAACACCCGCAACAAUCCGAAGUUUUGCACUUGAAAUGGAGUGGCUAAUAGGGCCAUCCUUGCAAAUUGCAACGAUGUUCUGUAGGCCUGAAAAUUGCAAUCCGAUAAUGAUGUCGGCCGGUAUGGACAGUGGAAUGGUUAAUGGGGGAAGAUGUAAAUCGGAAAUUAUGGGCCAUUUUGUAAACAGUGAAAAGAGAAGGUGGGAAGGACUUUUGCUUAGUAUAGGGAAUUAGAAGUGAAAGUUUUUCAUAUUUUCCCUGUCAUCAUGUGAAAUCCUAUUUUGACAGGGUACAAUACUUUUAUGUAAGAACAAAAUUUCCUCCUCCCCUUAAAAAAAGAACAGAUUUUUGUCCCCCCCCCCCUUUUUUUCUUCUUCUUAUUAAUAGUUUAAUAUCUAAAUUAUAUUUAAUGAUAUUUUAGUACUGUUGUUGGGA